AUGUCGAAUGAAGUGAUACUUCAGCUGAAUAUGUUUGGUUCUGAAGUGAAAGGUUGGAUUCUUCGCAAGAAAGAUUCCACUCUGACUGUCACUGUAGAGAAUAGUAGAAAUAAUACCCAUAUCACGGUUGCAAGGAACCACAGAAUCUUAUCACAAGCUUGCUGCUCCAGCAACCAAAAUGACAGCAAUGUUUCUGCUACGCAUGAUGAAGAAAAUCCAUGUAUUCCCGAGGGCAGUGAUUUCGUUGUAUCGUCUUUGAGAAACAAGUUGGCGAAGUUAUCAUCGUUGUCUGGUGAGCGUUGUAUAUACAGAGUUCCCAGGGGCAUCUUUGAGAAAAGUGCAAAAUCCUACACACCUCAACUACUCUCAAUCGGUCCGCUUUACCAUGGAAAACCAGAGUUGCAACCAAUGGAGGGGCAGAAGCAAAUCAAUGAAUUUGUUGAAAUGAUUGUUGUUGAUGCAGUCUUCAUCAUUGAACUCCUUUUAAAGAUGGGUGUCAAUCACUACGAGACACACAUAAAAGACCCUAUAAUUCAUAAACCCAAGAUGCUAUUGUACAUUGAGCAUGAUCUUCUGAUGCUUGAAAACCAGAUUCCAUUUUUCAUUCUUGAAGAGAUUUACUCUAUUGAUGCUGCUGCUGUGAAAGUUUUUCAUGUGCAAAGAAGAGAACAUGAACAUUUGUUGGACUUGGUUCUUAUUACUUAUCUGCCAUCAAACUAUCCACCGAGGAAGAGAUUGCAGCGAUUGGGAAUAGGGAAUUUGAAGACUCUGGAACAAGCCGGAUUUGAUAUAGAUGGCAAAACAGAAAUCCUUCUUCGGAACCUCGCCACCUUUGAGCUGUGUCACUAUUGUGAGGAAACUUACUUAAAUCAUUAUUUUGCCACCAUUGAUUGCCUCAUCGAUACUGACAAGGAUGUAGAAAUACUUGUUCAGAACGGAAUCCUGGAACAUUGGCUAGGUGAUGAUAAGGAAGCAGCAGACCUUUUUAACAACAUUGAAUGUAAGAUUGAUCAUAUGAAUAACUUCUACUAUGUAAAUCUUUUUGAAGAACUUGACAAUUUCUGCAAGAUCCCUUGGCACGAGUGGGAGGCUACUCUGAGAAGUAAGUACUUCAACACACCAUGGAGCAUCAUCUCUGUCAUUGCGGCCGGUCUUCUUCUCAUACUCACUGUCAUACAAGCGGUGUGCUCCAUCAUUUCUCUGUAGGUUAAGCUUCCGUAUGUCCACAUACUUAUUGUCCUACAAACUGUGUAGUGUGUAGGCUUCUUUCUU